AUGCCAUGGACACAUCGUGAUGUCCUUGUAGGCUUCGCCUCGGGCCUGAUCGUGGCGGCGGUGGUUGACCAUCUCCGUCGACGGUACACGCUGGGCUGGUUGGCGUCCAAGUCGAACGAACAGACGAAGCCGGCCUCAACUCUGCAUGGCCAAGCACUCCGGCCUUCUGGAGUCGGCAUCGAAUCCACGAUCGGCAACACUCCAUUAAUUGAGAUUCGAUCCCUGUCCGCGGCCACGGGAUGCACGAUCCUGGCGAAAUGCGAGUUUCUGAAUGGCGCGGGCAACAGCCCCAAAGACCGUGUGGCGCUGAGCAUGAUCGAGCACGGUGAAGCUGCCGGUCUCUUGGAGCCUCAUUCAGGAGAUACCAUCUAUGAAGGUACGGUCGGGUCGACAGGCAUAUCCUUGGCCACGCUGUGCCGGGCACGGGGCUAUCUCGCGCACAUCUGCAUGCCUAGCGACCAGAGCUUCGAGAAAUCCAAUCUUCUCCUCAAACUGGGCGCGGUGGUGGAGAGAGUGACGCCCGCUCCUAUCGUCGAUCAAGCCCAUUUUGUCAACCGCGCCAGGAACCUAGCUCGCGAGCAUACGGCCGACCCAGCCAAAAGGGGGAGAGGCUACUUCGCUAACCAGUUCGAGACCGAGGCCAACUGGCGGGCUCAUUACGACGGGACCGGACCGGAGAUAUAUGCUCAGGCGGAAGGGCGAGUGGAUGCCUUUGUCACGGGCGCUGGGACCGGCGGCACGCUGUCAGGCGUCGCAAUGACUUUGAAAGAGUGUCUACCGCAAGUAAAGGUGGUGCUGGCCGAUCCGCAGGGCAGUGGGCUCUACAACAAAAUCAAGCACGGUGUCAUGUUUCAUAGUCUGGAGAAGGAAGGCACUCGGCGUAGAGAUCAGGUCGAUACAAUUGUCGAAGGCAUCGGCCUGACCCGUUCAACCGUCAAUUUCGAGCAAGGCAGAGAGCUGAUUGAUGACGCCGUCAAGGUCACAGACGCGCAGGCCAAGAACAUGGCGAGAUGGUUGGUGGAAAGAGAUGGUAUUUUCAUUGGCAGCAGUAGUGCCGUCAAUUGCACUGCUGCUUUACAAACAGCUCUGAAACUUGGCCCUGGCCAUCGCGUGGUGACUAUUCUCUGCGAUUCCGGGGCUCGACACCUCUCCAAGUUCUGGGCUCAGAUCGGAGACAUCGGAGGAGAAGCCCGCACGACAAUUGAGGAUAUUCUGGAAGGAAGAUCUCUCAACUAG